GCUGACGCGCGGCUCACUUGUUUCGUGGCCUUCCGAAAUAUGUCAACCCUAGCAAAAUUGUAGUGAAAAAUAUCAGAAAAACUUAUUUAUGUUACAAAAUUUUAGUUCAGUGUUCCAAUAGUUGUGGGUUUUAAUCAUCACAAUGUCUAAAAGACCGUUAGGGCCGGGGCCCGGCGCCUAUAUGCUGCCGACGAAUGUCGGGUUCCCGGCGCACGACCCGUCGCGCGACCGCGCGCCCAUGUACUCGUUCGGCACGCGCGCGGACUGCCGCGUCAAGGCCAUCGGGCCCGGCCCGAGCUACCGCAUCGACCGGGUGACGCGCGACGGCGUCGUCACGUCGCCUAAUUGGAGCUUCGGGGCCAGAUUUCCAGCACGGUCUACGCUCCGCACGCCAGGGCCGGGCGCUCACGCGCCGGAGCGCUGCCCGCCACCGACAGCCAGAGCCCCGCAGUACUCGAUGGGCGCGCGACUCGGCUACGCUCUGAAGCGAAUGGUGCCCGCGCCCAACGCCUAUGCGCUUCGCAUGGGCCCGGGCACACCCGCCUGGUCCAUGGCGCCGCGCUCCGGCUACAACCUCAAGUCCAAGUCGCCAGGGCCCGCGGUUUACUUCCAGCAGAACACCGACGUUUACAAGACUAAGCAACCGAUUUACUCGCUGGGUGCGCGUUUGGGCUUCCAGGGCCGCACCAAGACCCCCGGACCUGCGGCUUAUCCACCCAACCUCUACAACAUUAAGAAGAAUCCGUACUCGUACUCGUUCGGCAUCCACCACGGCGCUUAUGCGCCGCCAAUGAUCGUCAAAGAAGAUACCAUGGACUGCCUGUGAAAAGUUAGUCGUCGUAGGGAGUCAACUGUAACGAAAAAAAAUAGUCGACCGGCUGAAUUCGCAUGGUCACGCUGGGACUGUGGGACUUCUUUCCAUGUUCGGUACCACGACUUAGGGACGCCUGGAAUGAGUACUUAGGCAACCAAGUGCAAAGAAGAAGACCAUAUCUAUCUGCCUAGAACAGAAAAAUACCUAUUACAAUGGAAUUGAAAUCAUGUUGUUAGGGAUUAAUGCUGUAUUACUACAAAUUUCUCUUGUUUAAAAAUCGGAUGUAACAAAACAAAUGCGACUAUUCAUGCUGACUGUAAUUUCAUUGUCGUCAUGCAUAUUCUCUGUAAUAUAAAAAUGGAAUAUACUUUGGAAUUAAAUGUAUAUUAGUAAAGGAUCUAUAAAAUUAGAUUAUAGCCGUAAGUCGCCCAUGAAAAACAAAAUUUUAUCCGUAACCUUUAAAUAGUAAAUCCGGAAACACAAUCUUCAUUUUAAAAUUUAUCCUUUUUUAGGGGUACCUCUAAUUACUCUCGAAUGCACAAUUUUUCUACAGAGCAAGACGUGGGAAAUCGAUUUGUUAGUGGAAUUGUAAAACUUCGGUUUGUAAAGUGAAAGUGAACUUGAUUUGCAAAAUUACCUUAUUGUGUGUUUUAUAAAAUAUUGUUGUGACGAAAAUGUUCAAAAGUUUAAAUACAAUGUUUACGAUUUAA